GUGAGUGAGGGGUGUGUGAGUGAGGGGUGUGUGUGUGUGUGAGGUGUUUAUAAAAGCGUUAGAUUCUCUGUUAGUUCAUUCACAGAGACCAGAAGAAGCUGCGACACACCACAAAAAACACAGACAGCAGUAGCAUGGCUGCAAAGACAGUUCUUUGGUGUGUGAUGGCUUGCGUCAUCAUGGCGAUUGCUGCUUCCUAUGACUCUCAGGAGAGCCAUGAGUCAAUGGAAGAUGUGUUCCUGAAUCCCUACAGAGCAAACUCGUUCAUGAGCCCUUCAUAUGGCCAAUACAACACCUACAGACAGAGGGUGAAGUCACCAGCUGAGCUCAGAUCAGAGAUUUGUGAGGAUUACUAUCCGUGUCGCACCUUUGCUAACCGCUAUGGUUAUCAGCUGGCCUAUAACACAUACUUUGGCGCUGGGCAAGCCCAGCGCGGGAGCAACACUCGCCGUUACUGAGCGCGAUCGUAUAACUCACACCCAGAGAGUGUGCAGCAGAGUGUCUUGUUUUAUAAAACACUGAUUUUGUGUUGUUGUAGUUUUAGAGGUCAAUAUCAAACUAUUAAAAUUAUAUCAUUAAAAUUUAUAAA